CUUUCAUCCGGGUUCUGAGUGACGCGCACACUAUCCAACAUGGCGGCGUCAGCUAAGAAGAAGAAUAAGAAGGGGAAGACUUUAACUCUGACGGACUUCCUGGCAGAGGAUAGCAGUGGUUCUGGGCCGCCGGUUUAUCAGGCCCCAAAGGCCACCAGCUGGGCAGAUGAGACCGAAGACCUGGAUGGAGAAGUGUCCACUUCCUGGCACACCCCUGAGGAUUCGUAUCGUGCCCCGCCCAUCGAUCGCUCCAUCCUGCCCACGGCUCCUCGUGCGGCCCGGGAGCCGAACGUUGACCGCUCGCGUCUUCCUCGCAGCCCGCCCUACACCGCCUUCCUCGGAAAUCUGCCCUACGAUGUCACCGAAGAGUCCAUCAAACAGUUCUUCAGAGGCCUCGCGAUCAGUGCUGUGCGGUUGCCACGUGAACCCAGUAAUCCUGAGAGACUGAAAGGUUUUGGCUAUGCUGAGUUUGAUGACGUCGACUCGCUGCUCCGUGCGCUCACUCUCAACGAGGAGAACCUGGGGAACAGACGUAUCCGUGUAGAUAUCGCAGAUCAGUCCAAUGAUAAAGAGCGAGAUGGAGGUUCGAUGUCGGGGCGUGACCGUGAUCGUGGGCGUGGUGGUGACGGCGGCCCUGAUAAGACGGAUUCUGAUUGGAGGGCUCGUCCCAGCGUGGAGCAAGAUGACGGGCCACGCAGAGACGACGGUUAUGGAGAGAGGUCACGUGACCGCUACGAGUCAGAUCGGUAUAGGGAUGGGCAGCGGCGUGACGAUCGUUUCGGCGGCCGUGAUCGUUUUGAGGACCGGGACCGCAGGGAUCGCUAUGACGACCGGGAUCGCUAUGACGACCGGGACCGCAGGGAUCGCUAUGACGACCGGGACCGUAGGGAUCGCUAUGACGACCGAGGGGGCAGGGACUACGACCGUGGAGGUUAUGACUCCCGUGGUGGAGGGCGACGGGCGUUCGGGAGCGGAUACAGGCGCGAUUAUGACGACAGGCGAGAUGGAGAUCGCUAUGGAGAUGACCGCUAUGAAAGACGGGAAGAGAGACGUGAAGAGAGAGCUCCUCCUCAGAGACCCAAACUGAACCUGAAACCUCGCAGUGUCCCGAAGGAGGAGGAGCAGAGCGGGGGCUCGUCUCCUCAGGCCAACCCGAGCCGGGCCUCCUCUAUAUUCGGGGCGGCGAAACCCGUGGACACGGCAGCCAAGGAGAGAGAAGUGGAGGAACGUCUGAAGAAGGAGCAGGAGAGGCUGCAGAAGCAGCUGGAAGAGGACAAGCCCAGACCUUCAGAGAGACGACCUCGAGACCGGGACCCAAGCUGGCGCAGCGAGGCAACUGCCAGUGACCACGAGCGCACAGCCAGUGAAUCCACACACCAUGGAGAUUCUAAGCACCCUGAAAGUGAGCAUUCAGAAAAUAAAGUCGAUGAACCCACCUCUCCUGGGUCCCGCCCUCCAACCUCCCCCAGUCAGGGAGUGCUGCCGCUGAAGGUGAUGCCGGCUCCUCCGCCGAAGGAGAAUGCCUGGGCGAAACGGAGCACAGGGGGUGGGGCUAACACCGCACCUUCAUCCGCACCCAGCGGCGGUGGCGGCAGCACAGCUCAGAAGUCUAGCAGCUCCUCGAAUUCAGAUGAGCGUAUAUCUGGUAAAGAUGAGAAUCGGUUGGACGGUGUAGGGCGGGAGAAAGGUGUGUCUCAAGGAAGAGGGGGCGGAGCAGUGAGAGGAGGAGGAAGGGGUCGAGGAACUGAUCGAGGAGGAGAUGGACCUAACAAAGACAAAAGACGAGAAUCAACAGACAAGAAGGAGAGCAGGCGAGAGCCCAGACCUGCACCAGAGCCAAAGAAGUAUGAGGAGACUGCAGCUCCGGUGAGUCCUAAAUUCAGCUCGGCCAGUAAAUACGCUGCUCUGCUGAUGGACGGUGAGCAGGCAGAGGAGGACGACGCUGAGGAUUAAACCAGAAUGAAGAAAAGAAGAGUGUAAACGCAAAUAUGGAUAAUAUUGAAUUAAAAUUAAUGAUCAAAUCCUUGCUGAGACUUGAGGUUCUGCCAGGUUUCUGAAGUGAAGCUGGUGAUAGACUGAGGAGAACCUUCGCAUGGGUUCUCAGAGCUGUUCUUUAAUGUUUAUUGAAAUUUUCUAAAAGGUAAUCCAACAUUUGACUAGUUUUAAUUAGCAACAGCAAAGAACAGAUUAUAAACGUAUAAGACACUCGUACAUGCAUUUAGGGAUUGAAAAAUGAGUCAUUUGCAAGUUGUUGUUAUAAAUAAAUUUGAAAAGUAUA